CAUUCUGCUUCUUGCUUUGAGCGUUUACCAUGGACGGCGAUUCGCGAACAACCAAGGCUCGUAGAGAUGCAUACAAGAGUAAGGGUGCUUUGAAGCAAGAUGACUUGAGGCGCCGUCGGGAAGAACAACAGGUCGAGAUCCGUCGGCAGAAAAGAGAGGAAAACAUCUCAAAGAGACGGAAUUUCCUUCCUUCUGGCAGUGCCGACUCCGAUGAAGAAGUCGGUCCUGCUAGCUGGGACUCUCCGCUCGCAGAGGACAUGAUCGCGGGCGUCUUCUCAGACGACGCUGAUCGCCAGCUUGAUUCCACCACCAAGUUCCGCAAGCUGCUCUCAAAGGAGAAGAACCCUCCCAUCGAGCGCGUCAUUGAAUGUGGUGUUGUCCCUCGUUUCGUCGAAUUUUUGCAAAAGGGACCUCCGAUGCUGCAGUUCGAAGCCGCCUGGGCUCUUACUAACAUCGCGUCGGGCACUGCAGACCACACCCAAGUGGUCAUCAACGCGCAGGCUGUGCCAGAAUUCAUCAACUUGCUCUCGUCCCCCUCGCUCGACGUUCGGGAGCAGGCUGUCUGGGCUCUUGGCAACAUCGCUGGAGACAGCCCUCAGUGUCGGGAUUACGUCCUCCGGCAGGGAGCUCUGCGCCCUCUGCUGACUCUUCUCAGCGAGCAGCACAAGCUCAGCAUGCUCCGCAAUGCGACCUGGACGCUUAGCAACUUCUGUCGUGGCAAGUCUCCUCAGCCGGAUUGGGAUUUGAUCGCUCCCGCUCUCACCGUGCUGACCAAACUGAUCUACUCUCUCGACGACGAAAUUCUUAUCGACGCGUGCUGGGCCAUUUCUUACCUUUCGGACGGCUCCAACGAUAAGAUUCAGGCUGUGAUCGAAUCCGGAGUUUGUCGCCGACUCGUUGACUUGCUUUUGCACAACUCGACGGCUGUCCAAACUCCGGCGCUCCGUUCGGUCGGGAACAUCGUGACCGGUGACGAUCUGCAGACACAGGUCGUUCUUGCGUCGGGCGCACUUUCCGCGCUUCUGACGUUGUUGUCAUCCCCGAAGGAUGGCAUUCGCAAGGAGGCGUGCUGGACCAUCUCGAAUAUCACGGCUGGCUCUCCACCUCAAAUCCAGGCGAUCAUCGACGCCAAUAUCAUUCCACCAUUGAUCAACAUCCUCCAGAAUGCAGACUUCAAAACCAAGAAGGAGGCGUGCUGGGCGAUUUCCAAUGCCACAUCCGGUGGAUUGCAAGAGCCGGCCCAGAUCCGGUAUCUUGUGUCGCAAGGUUGCAUCAAACCUCUUUGCGACCUGCUCACCAUGAUGGACAACAAAAUCAUCCAAGUGGCCCUAGACGGCCUCGACAACAUUCUGAAGAUCGGAGAGGCCGAUAAGGUUGCUGCCGGACCUGGGGCAACGAACCAAUUUGCCAUCUAUGUCGAGGAGGCCGGCGGGAUGCUCACAAUCCACAAUCUCCAACAACACGAGAACUUGGACAUCUACAAGAAAGCGUUCAACAUCAUGGACAAGUAUUUCCCGGAUGAAGACGAUCUUGAUGCUGCCAUCAGCGCUCCUGCCGUCGAUGCCUCUGGUGCUUUUGCGUUCCAUUCGGACGUCAGUGCUCCCCAGGGCGGUUUCAGUUUUGGGCAGUAAAUGUUACAUUCGUCCCUUUACGCAGCGUGAUUAUAGCAUUUGUAUACUCUCAUCAUAUAAACCAACCACUUACUGUAACGACAUCGCUAAAAGUGGAGCCAAGCAGAGACAAA